AAAAAGAAAAAAAAAGAAAAAAGACUUCUGGCUAGGGAGUAAAGGAGGCCCUGAGCAGCUUGAUAGGUGCUAUGCAGCUGGCAGGGGGCGCCAUUGCCUGCAGAAGGAGCUAAGCCUAUCCUGAACUCCAACUCCUAUUGUCCCCACUCAGCUCACUCUUAAGAGGGAAUGUCCUCGUCACCUAAUGACCAAGAGGAGGUGCUGGAUCUGGCUACCUAAGAUCAGAGUGGUGAAGCCGUCAGCCCCUGUUGCCCAGAGCUGCUUCAUCUGUAAUAGGGGGAUAGUCAUGGCAAUCACUUGGGACUGCUUUUGGGAGAUUUAAAUGGGUCUAGGCCUAGCUCUGAUGAUCUAGGCACUGUAUACCACACAGAUGAGGAAGCUGAGGGCUCCAGAGAGGCAGGGUGAACAGCUGGACCUCAGGGAGCCUUCCCAAGCUGAAGGCCUCACACCCUGCGACGUGUGUACCUUCUGCCUGACAGUCCCUGUCUGAGGUGGCCAUGGUGUCUGUGUUGAGCUGGGGACGAAGGGAGUCAUGGGGGCGGCAGGUGUGGUUGAGUCAUUCAGCUGGCUUCCUGGCAGCCAGGCCAUCGUGGGUGAGGGACACCAAACUGCUCAUGCCACAGCUGAUGUAUCAGAUAGUCCCCUUGUCACUCUUGACUCAGCUGUGCCUGGCCCCCCCUGCAGGGCCACCAUCUGUGCAUCCUGGGCCAGCGCCCAGGGAACUUUCUGGAACCCCAGAUGCUAUCUAAGGACAUGGGUACAGGGGGUGGUGAAGUUUGAGGUUCCUGAAACCCUCUACCAGGUAUGUCUGGCUCUGCUGUUUCUGGCCUGUGACCCCUCAGGCCUUGGUUACCAUGUCUACAAAAUGGGAACAACAAAUCAUAGCUGAGUUUGACCCAGGGAUUAGAUGACAUGUAUGAACAUGCCCAGCCAUAUCUAUUUUUGCUCAUCAUCCUGCCCCCAGCACAAGGGCCUGGCACACAGUAGGUAUUUAGUACAGUUUAGUGGAAUGAAUGAAUGCAUUGGGCCUUAGAACACAGCAGAGGCCCUGGGGCCUCAAGGCUAUGGUGUGAGGUGGGGGUGGGGACACUGAAGCCCAGCCCAGUUCCCUCUGCAACAUCUUGUCACCUGAGGGAGGGGGAAGAGUGUGGGGUCCUACAGAGAGGAGGCAUGGGUAUGGGGCUAGGGGAGAGGUAUCUGCGUUGUUCCUGAGACCUCUGCCCCACUCCUGGACAGACCACUGUCCUGGAGAGGGUGGAGCAGAAACAGGAGAGGGAACACAAAUUCACCUAACCGGCCCCAUCCAAUCAAGGAUGAUGAUGAUAAACGUGCUCUUAGUGAGAUAUUACUGUGUGCCCGACUUGAGCCAACUACUGUUUUGUCUCAUAAUAACUGUCAGGAAGAGAUGAUCCCUGUUCUACACAGGAGAAACUGAGGUUCAGCCUAGAUAAAUGGACAUAGGUGAAACAGCUAGCAAGGGGCAUAGCUGGGAUCUGAAGCCCAGGCCAAUCUAGGGGUGGUUCUAGCCUCAAUUUAUUCCUCCUGAGCAGUCAUGCUCAGCCCAGAUUGCUGGGAGGACCAGGUGGUGGGAGUGGGGGUGUCUCAAGGUCGUGUCCUGGUGUUAAUCUCUGGGGCCCCUGGCCAUAUCUAGCUUGUGGUGAGUGUCUCUGGACUGUUGGAGCAGCCACUGGAAUGCCUGGGGCUUGAGUGGCCCUUUGUGGAUGCAGUUCCCUUGGCAAUGAAGAAACACUGCUGAGGUCAAGAGCUCAGAUUGCCAGAGGGGAAACCCAGCCCUGCUUCUUUGCAUGGCCCCCUGCUGGGAAGGGCCACAGCUACCCCCCACCCUCACCCUCUGCCAGACACCCAGAGGCUCUUUCCAGUGGCACAGUUGUGGGGUUGGAUGGGACACAGGCAGCCCAGCCAGGAUUCCUCAUGGGAAGUAUGUGCUGGCUCUUUAGACUUAUCUGCUAAUGGGAGGCUCUGGCUAUAACUCCUUCUUCCCACUGGAGUUCGUUCAGGAAGCCAGAAUCAGCAUGGGGAUGCCUAGGCCUCCAAGAUCCCCUAGGACCAUGGGCAGGCCACCCCUUAGCCCAGCUUUUGCCUACUUUGGAGACCUCAAGGACAAGAGAGCCCUAAUCUUACCAAGCCAGGCCCUCCUCAAUCCAAGGCCGCCUUAGGCGUUGCCAAGGAAACAGAUGCAGCAGCCAAAGAGCCUGGCCCAGGUCUCCAUGACAACCUACCACAGCCCACCAGGGUCCAUCCAUCUGUUAUGUCACCUGAGCCCCAAAUGAGUGCCCUCCCAGCCCCACCACACUUGUCACAAUCAGAUGUCACAGUCUGAUAGCAGGUCCCUGUCACAAAAUACCUCACAGCCUGACCUGUAACCCUCACACCCCUGAGAGAUGAGCAAGGAGCUAAGACACUCCUCAUACCUUGACCACACCCUGUGUUUAUGCCCCUCUUGGGUGGGGGUCUGAACCUCCAGGCCCUAGAUGUGCCCUGGGCAGCUGGCUCAGCCUGCAGCUAGAAGGAAGAAGGGAGACCUUGGCGACUCAAAAUGGCUGGCUCCUGCAGGCAUUCAACACCCGUUGGCCUGGACUUCCCCAACUCUGGGCAACUUCCAGUCCAGAAGCAGAAUAACCAGAGCCAGGGCCAGGGCCAGGGCUGGGACAAAUUAUUUUUAGCAGAGUUGCUGGCAGCUGCCUGGUGGGUGCUGGGAGGUGGGAUGGGGACUGAGUUUAAUCCCUUCCCUCUUCUGGGCUGGGGUUUCCUCCCCAGGAGUCAAGCAGGUACCUCCACCUGCAACACUGUCAGAGCUGCCCCCACCCCCAGCAGCCCUCUCAGGGCCCCCAGGGGCUCAUGGGGUGACACCAACCCUCACCCUGAAAAGUAGGCUCAUUAGGGAGAAUCUUCAACUCCAGGAUGGGGAAAGAGUGGAAAGGAUUUUGUGUGAAAGGACACCCCCUAAAUUCUAGCUCAGACCUGAACCUCUGGGGAGUGGUUGUCAUGGGCAGAGAAGAGGGAUCUCUGUCCAGCCUGUAACUCGUUUACUUGCUAAGAGGAAGAGCGGCGACUUGGGGAGAGGGAAGGGAGAAUUCACUGUCACGGGGCCAGACCGAAUUCUUCUCCUGAGGGCAGUUGCUGCUCUGGGCUGGUUGAGUUUACCCUGCUGCCUGCCUCCGCAUCACGUACUCCCCCGGCAACCUCGCGCUCUCUCUCCUCACACACACACUCAGCCCCGGACCUUGCCUACCUGUCAGCCCCUCUAUUCCCAGACAGCUACUGCUCCUCCCCUGGGGUGUAGGGCGGGGUGUCGGGUGUGCGAGGUCCGAGGAGGAGGGUGGGGGAUUCCCCUGGUGGGGGUGGACAGACACGUCAGCCCCCGCAGCAGCGUGAACCAGGGGCGGGAGCGGGGGCGGGUGGAGGCUUAAAUAGGCGACUCUGGAGCCAGAGCCCAGUGCGGGCUGAGAAGGCGGUGGCUGCAGCAGCAGCGGCGGCGGAGACCCAAGAGUCCGAGUCCAGACUACGAGUGGGUGGCAUCCUAACCCGGAUCCUAGUCCUGAGCGUGUCUGUGUGCGAGUGGACGGCCCCGGACACGAUGACCCUGAACGGCAGCGACAGCGGAGCGGGCGGGAGCCGCGGCGGGGGCCGGGAGCGCGAGCGCCGUCGGGGCAGCACGCCCUGGGGCCCAGCGCCGCCGCUGCACCGCCGCAGCAUGCCGGUGGACGAGCGCGACCUGCAGGCGGCGCUGGCCCCCGGGUCCCUGGCGGCGGCUGCGGCCGGGACGGGGACUCAGGGUCCCAGGCUGGACUGGCCCGAAGACUCUGAGGACUCACUCAGCUCGGGGGGCAGCGACUCCGACGAGAGCGUUUACAAGGUGCUGCUGCUGGGGGCGCCCGGCGUGGGCAAGAGCGCCCUGGCGCGCAUCUUCGGCGGUGUGGAGGAUGGUCCCGAAGCAGAGUCAGCAGGGCACACCUAUGAUCGCUCCAUUGUGGUGGACGGAGAAGAGGCAUCACUCAUGGUCUACGACAUUUGGGAGCAGGACGGGGGCCGCUGGUUGCCCGGACACUGCAUGGCCAUGGGGGAUGCCUAUGUCAUCGUGUACUCAGUGACGGACAAGGGCAGCUUCGAGAAGGCCUCAGAACUGCGGGUCCAGCUGCGGCGUGCACGGCAAACAGAUGAUGUGCCCAUCAUCCUUGUGGGCAACAAGAGCGACCUGGUGCGCUCUCGUGAGGUCUCGGUGGAUGAGGGCCGGGCCUGCGCGGUGGUCUUUGACUGCAAGUUCAUUGAGACAUCAGCGGCAUUGCACCACAAUGUCCAGGCGCUGUUUGAAGGUGUUGUGCGCCAAAUACGCCUGCGCAGGGACAGCAAAGAGGCCAACGCGCGACGGCAAGCAGGUACCCGGAGGCGAGAGAGCCUUGGCAAAAAGGCGAAGCGCUUCCUGGGCCGCAUCGUAGCUCGUAACAGCCGCAAGAUGGCCUUUCGCGCCAAGUCCAAGUCCUGCCACGACCUCUCGGUUCUCUAGGUCCCACCCGCUCUCAGUAUGGUGGGAGACGGACGGACGGGUUGGUGGGCUGGCCCAGCCAACUGCCCCAGGUGCCUCAGGGCUGGCUCAGACUCUGGGUCCCUUGGAGCUGCCAGCCGGGCACCACCAACCUCAUGGUCAUGGACAGACAGACAGUGUUGCCCAGUGAGGCCAGGGGCCAGUGAGGGCUGGGCCCACAGAGAUGCAUGCGCAGGCUCAUCUGCGUCCCAAGCAGCUGGAGCGCAGCCGCGGGGCAGGCCUGUGUGCCGGGAGAGGACUCUGACUUUUUUCACAACCCGGGUGUGCCUGCCCUGGAGGGAGGCUGUUCAGUGCUGUGGCUAUUUGUUUACAUGCAGAUUUUUGUAAUAAAGACUAUUUCCUGAUA